AUGAAGAUCCAUCAGCACAUAGAGCACAUAGAGCUAGAGAUGCUGAACCAGCAGCUGGGUGCACCGCCACGAGCCCCUCACUGCAGACGUGGGACCAUCAUCCUGGGGUCUGCACUGGUUCUCGUGUCUGUGUCUGUUUGUCUCUUCUUCUUCUUUUUCUUCAGAACGCUCUGUGUCCAGGACAUCUGUAGGACUCCAACUGAUGAUGGAAAAGUCAACAUCACCUGCAGAAUCCAAGACACUAAAGGAAAGCGUCUCUGUGAAAUCUUCCAAGCAGAGAAAUCUGGUGACUACUCCAUCCAUGGCUGGCUGAACAUGACUACUAACGCUGAAGAGACGGUGAAACUUGUGCACAAACAUAACGGACAGGAGCGAACUUUGGAGAAAAAGAUCAGCUCUGGACUCAUGUACUUCAACACUAAAGUGAAGCUCCAUAACAGCAGCAGAGUCCAUCUGCAGUUCCACAAUCUGCUGGACACAGACGGCUUCUUCUACAUCUAUGAGGUCAAAUCACAUCUGGAUCUGGGUAUUUCAGUUCAAGUGUACAACAUUUGA